AUGCCAUUAACAUUGUCCAUAACAUUGAUGUGGCCAGGUGGGGUAGCUUCUAAAGAUAUAAUGCUUGAUCAUAGAGUGUGGUCUUUCGUGCAGGUAUGAUGGGACAUCAACAUUAUAUUGCCAGUAGUUGCUCUGCAAUUUUGUAUUUAAUGCGACAUAUCUUAAAAAAGGAAAAUGAAGUUUUAAAACAUUUUCACAUGUCUGCAUAGUUAACUUAGUUAUAAUAAUGGCGCGGCAGCUGUGAAAAAUGCAAACUUGUGGCCAGGAAUGGAAUCAAUCAAUCAAUCAAUAUUUUUAUUUAGCACCUGGAAAUUUACAUAUAACUUCUCUUCAUUAUUAAUAUAUGACAUGAUAUAAAGGUGCAAGCUAACUGUAAUAACCUUGUAGAGUUAGACAAGACAGUUAGCUUGUAAUUUAUUAAAUCGAGUGGUUAGAGAAUACUUUUAUAUAAUGUAGAUAUGCGAAAUUGUCCACUUAUCAUCAACCUCUUUCAUACAAGUAGCCCUAUUUGAGAGAAAUUCACACAUAUAUGGAAAAUUUUGAAAAUACAUGCAUAUCAGUAUACAUAUAUAUAUACACACAUACACACAUCUUAACCUAACUGCUUUGCUUUUUUUUGUAAAAUAUAUAAAGGAUUAAUUGAAGAACUAUAUGUGUUUCCCCAAGCUACUAGUCCAUAUAUUAGAUAAGGAUAUACUAACGAGUAAUACAAGUUUAUAAGAAUAUUACUGUCAACAAAAUGCCUUACUCUAGAUAUGGCCCCGAUGUUACGUUUUAUUUUUUUCCGAGACUUUUGAAAUGUGUGCUUUCCAAUUCAAAUGACAGUCAAUCACAACUCCUAAAUAAGUGGUAUAAAUUUCUUGUUGAAGUAUUUGACCAUUUAAAGAAACUUUUACUUGAUAAUUAACUCUCUUUUGAGCAGGGUGAAAUAUAAUAUAGUUGGACUUUUCAACAUUCAAAGAUAAUUUAUUUACACAUAACCACUGAUAAACAUGUGAAAUUUCCUUGUUGACAAUGGUUUCUAGUGUUAAUAAACUCUUAUUGGCAUAAAACAAAUUUGAAUCAUCAGCAAAAAGGUGAAAAUCGAGAAUUCUAGUAGAAUUUUGAAUAUCAUUGAUGUAUAAUAAAAAAAGAAGAGGUCCUAAAACAGAACCUUGAGGAACACCACAAGAAAUCAGGCCUUAAAAUAUCGGUCGGUCACGGACAUUGUCCGACCCAUUCGUGAAAUUGUCCGACGUAAAGAGAAAACCACCGGACAAUUCUGUCCGACAGAAUGAACAGUGAGGUUUAUUGUUUGUCCGACCGAAGUGUAGUUGAUGUCCGACCAAAUUUUAAGUAAAUGUACCCUGUAAAUGUUUAUCAGAAUUGUUAUAUAUGGCCCGCUAAGCGUGACAGGUUGGUUAGCAGUACGAAACUACGAAAGCAAGAAGAAACCCCAAACAACAUGGCAAUGUUAGUGCCUCAAGUUCAAAAGAAGUUAGAACAGUCAAAACGUCUACCGUAGAAAAGUGGAAGUCCGAUUUAUCAGAAUAUUCGGCAGCGGAAUGGUUAACAUAUGAUGUUGAUGCUGAAGGAAAGGCAAGGAAUCUUAAAUGUAAAUUUUGUAUCAUGUUUCAAGACAAAAUCAAGAGCUUGCCCAAUUACUCAGACAUUUAUAUCAAAGGUUCAACGAAUUACAGAGUUUCAGCAGUAAAAGAUCACGCAACAAAUAUCAAUGGUGAUCCACAACAUCCUCACACCGUGGCUCAUGGUAAUUUUCUGAAGGCCAGUGGAGUAGAAAUCGAACAGCGCGCAAACAAAAUUGCAAAAUCCUGCGACAAAGGAAAUACUGAUGUAGUGUCCGGGUUACAAAAUCACAAUAAAAUGGAUCCAUCUAUGUUAAGAAAAACUAAAACUAAGUUCGAGACCACAUAUUUCGUGGUCAAGGAAGAAUUACCCAUCAGUACAUGCAAAAACAUUCUGAACCUGGAACGUAAACAUGGAGUUGAAAUCGGUACAAAAUACCUUACAGAUCCAGGGGCAAGAACUUAA